UGCUUGGGGAGGGUCACUUGAAAUAACGCUUACAGUCCCUUUAAUAUUUGAUCAGAAUAAUGAUGUGAACUCAAGCUAUUUACUAAAAUGGAUUCUGUGAAUGAAAGUUUAGAAGAUCUGAUAAACUAUGAAGAGGACAGAAACCGUAGUGCCCGGGUUCGGAGAUCUGAAUGCCCGGGAGGUUCCGGUAAAUUCGGAUUCAAUUCAUAUAAUCUCCUGGCAUUCUUACUCAUGUCUUUUAAUCAAGUGAGUAACGUGAUUGUAAACACAAACAACAACAGAAACAACAACAAUAACAAUGAUUUUCAAGCAACCUACGGUUCCAUCAACACCAACCAACAAUCCUCCGAAGCAACCCAGACCGGAAGUACCAUGACGAUGAUAACUGUUCCUCCUACAGGGACUCCUAUAGUUGUUCCUAUUGGACGGCUUCUCUCUAACGGUCGGAUUUUACUAAAUGCUGGAGUAAAGGAAAAGGGCGUGGUUUGGGAUUCUCCUGGCUGGACUUUGACAGACUCCGGAGUAAUUUUUUACAAGGAUAAUUCCUCCGCACCACAAACAGGAGUUCAAUAUUUCGGUACAGUGGACUCCAGCAACGUGUUCCAACCAUUUAGCGGAGAAGAGUCUCCAGUAACCCUUGAACAGGUUCGGGCACUGGAUAUAUCCAAUAGAACCAGGACGGGACGAGAACCUCAGAUCCUGGAGGUUUCUGGUUCUCCAGUUCUAGUCAAAGAAACUGAUCUAGAAAUUCUUCAUAGGAGACUUAUUGAGAGAACAGGAAAACGUUUAGUAGGUGUAUUCCUCCCACCUGCUGGACCAGCAGUAACCAUGUCUCUGGGUUGGCUUCUACCUGGAGGAGAGAUCAGCUUACUACCUGGACUAGAGGUCGAGGGAGUAUACUGGGAGAAUGUUGAUAGAAAAAUUUUCACCAACGGAACAAUUGAGUAUAAAGGCACUAGGGUUGUCGAAACAGCAACUGUGAUAAUAGGGACAGUAGAUACUGAAGGAAAGAUCAACACCCUGCCUAGGGUUGAGAACACAAUAAUAGAUUUCUCCCUUCUCCGAUCCUUGAAUAUAAAUAAACCCAGGAGAACCAGGAGAUCACUAAACCUUCUCAAUUACACAAACUUCAAAACCUUGAUUAGCGCCAUUUUUAAUUUGGAAUCAGAGUUAUGUCAGCGGAUUCUUCUCUGCGAAGUGGAAACCAUGCUACGCCAAGAAUUAAAUACUCCGACUAGGACGGAGAGUGGAAAAUCUAGUUUAAAUACUCUGACUAGGACGGAAAGUGGAAAAUCUAAAACAAAUACUCCGACUAGGACGGAGAGUGCAAAAUCUAGUUUAAAUACUCCGACUAGGACGGAGAGUGGAAAAUCUAGAUUAAAUACUCCGACUAGGACGGAGAGCGGAGAAUCUAGAAUAAAUAUUCCGACUAGGACGGAGAGCGGAGAAUCUAGAAUAAAUACUCCGACUAGGUCGGAGAGCGGAGAAUCUAGAAUAAAUACUCCGACUAGGUCGGAGAGCGGAGAAUCUAGAAUAAAUGAUCUGACUAGGUUGGAGAGCAAAAAAUCGUUGAUGGAGAGCUGUAAAGAAAUAAAAAACCUAAGAACCCUGAAACACAUUGACUGCAGAUGGCAUAUUUUAAACUAAAAACAAU